UGACACUACAUUGCAGCUGCAACAUUUUAGGAUGGCCACCCCUGGAACACUGGACAACGUCUCAAGGAUUCUUGAAGACAUCCAAGACACAGGGGAGAAACUCCGCUCAGAGACAUCAUUUUUUGAUGUUGCUCGGUACAUCAUGGACACCUUGGGGUUUCUCAUCAACGGAUUCACACUGGUUGUUGUACUGGUGAAGCAGAAUUUGAGGAGACAGCACAACGUCUUCACCUUUAAUCUCGCCUUGGCAGAUUUUAUGAGCACAACCUCUUAUCUCUCAGAUGCAUUUUCCACACCGCGGAAUCAUCAAAUGAUCAAGGACACCUUCGUGUUUUCGUGCAUGAUUUCCUCCAAUAUCAACAUCCUGUCGGUGGCGGUCCACCGAUUAAUCACGAUACGCAUCGACCCAUUCCGGUCCCGGGGUAUCGUCACAACCACGCGUUGUCUGAUCGCCUGCGCGAUCUCGUGGUGUGUGAGCUUCGCCGCUGGUGCAGUUUUCUCGCGCCAUCGCGACUUCCUUGUCCAUGGGAUUUACGGAAGCGUCUUCUUGGCGAGUCUCGUGAUGACCGGCCUGUGCUACUUGCUCAUCUACCGCGCCGUGACGAGCAACUCCUGCAAGGAGGCCUUGACUCGGCAACGGCUGGAGGAGAACUGGCGGCUUCUCCAAGCGUUUUCCUUGAUCUACGGCCUGACUGUGUUCUGUUGGAUAUGGCUGUGUGCAAUUUGGCUGUCGUUCUACAACCAUCACCGUGUCCCGCUCUGGCUAAAUUACAUGGUCCACGCCUGCUUCUCGUUAAGUCGUAUCAUCAACCCAGCUAUAUACUGGUGGCGACUGAAUGAAUUUCGUGCUUUGCUGCCCACGUCGAAAUGCUGCAAGAGAAAUGAAGUGCAGCCUCUGCAGUCAGAUGGGCCUAUUUAGGAAUGUUGUCAAUCCGCGUCAAUAGCAAAGUGUCAUUCUCUAGAUGCCACAGUAGACAUAAGUGGCCUGUGCUUCUCAGUCCGGAGAACAGUCUUGAUUUGCAUGGUCAGUGGGGAAAGUUGUCGGCAAAGAAAUGUUGAUGAACAUCCUUCUGAUCAUUGACCGUCGCUCUGAUCGACUAGUCUUACUACUUGAUCGUUGUGAAAUCCUUUAUGUGGGCAGUUUUAUGAAGCUAUAUAAGAGCGACUUUAUAAACGACUGGUGAACUUUUCUUACGCGCUAAACCAUCACCAACGGUGUGUACAAUCUAACAAAAGAAGGAUCACCAGACGUUCUUCUUAAAGUCGCUCUUAUCUCUCGAACCGCUUCAGUAAACACCUAUCAGGGAUCACUG